AUGUCGUCACCACUGCUGAGCGCUCAAUGCGCAGCUCAGAGCAUUGGCCCGGUCAACACAAUGGUCAGCACGCUAAUACAAGCGUUGCUCGCCGCACAAUGCGCCAUCUCGCCACCUGACUUGUGGCCACCAGAUUACGCUGAUCAACUACUGAGAAAAGGAGAAGAUACAUACGAUUUCGUAGUCAUAGGCGCCGGCUCUGCGGGUUCCGUGAUAGCCAGUCGAUUAAGUGAGAAUCCGAAUUGGAAAGUGUUGGUGCUUGAAGCGGGCGGAGAUCCUCCACAAGAGUCCGAGAUGCCCAGCACUUUAUUCGCUAUGCAACACACAAACGUCGACUGGAAUUAUUUUACUGAAUACAGCGAAAAGGCUUGCUGGGGCUUGGUUGAUAGACGUUGCUAUUGGCCGCGUGGUAAAAUGAUAGGUGGCUCGGGUGGUAUGAACGGUAUGCUUUAUGUGCGUGGCCAUCGAGGCGAUUACGAUGACUGGGCACAGGCUGGUAACACAGGUUGGGGUUGGGACGAUGUGCUACCAUAUUUCGAACGCUCCAUACGACCAGUUGGUAAUGUCACGCACCCACAAGGAUAUGUUACAACUAGUGCAUUUCCAGUCAACGACGUCGAUGUAGAAAAUAUGAUUUAUGGCGGCACUGCAGAAUUAGGUAUACCACGUGUACGUGAGUUCACCGAAGGCAGCGAGACGGGAUAUUCCAAUUUGCCAGGUACAUUCCAAAAUGGACGACGCAUGAGCCCUGGCAAGGGACACCUGGCGAGAGUUUCGCAACGCCCAAACCUGCAUGUAAUCAAAAAUGCCGUUGUGAAGAAAUUAAACUUCGAUGAGAGGGGCAAAUAUGUAAUUUCCGUGAAUUUUGUGUUGCAAGGCAAAUACGAAAUGAAAGUGAGCAUUGACAAGGAACUCGUGCUGUCGGCUGGUGCAAUUGAAUCACCAAAGCUGUUGAUGUUGUCUGGUGUGGGUCCAGCGGAGCAUUUACAGGAAUUAAGAAUUCCUCUCAUUCACAACUUGCCUAUUGGUGAUAAUCUGAAUGAUCACAUCCACGUAGUAAUAUUCUUGAAAUUGAACGAGCAUUUCGCACGGCCACUAACGGCACUCGACAAUCUAGAUAGCAUCUACAAUUAUCUCAUGCACCAAAGUGGACCGUUAGCAUCUCAUGGCACGGCUUCCUUAACGGGAUUCAUUAAUACUCUCAAGAAUGGGCCAUACCCGGAUGUUCAAUUUCAUAAUUUUAUUUUGCGACGAGGUGAUUUUGAUGGCCUGGAAACCUAUCUUACUGGUAUUAAUUUUAACCAAGACUUAAAAGCUCAGAUACACAAAGUGCUGGAAACUGCGGACAUUUUGGGUGUAUCCAGUGUGGUUACUAACCCAAAGUCCACGGGAAAUAUACGCCUGCGAAGCGCUGAUUACAGAGAUCCACCUAAAUUAACUGCGAACUACUUUAACGAUCCCGAAGAUGAGGCGACGCUAUUGCGCGCUAUUCGCUUCCAAGAGCAACUACUAAAUACUGCAGCUUAUAAAGCAAUGAAGGCAUCCAUAAUACUACCCCUUAUUGCCGAGUGCAGUGUCUAUGCGCCACAGAGCGACGACUAUUGGCGUUGCUACAUUAAGUACUUCUCAUGCACCAUCUAUCAUCAAUCGGGCACUGUGAAAAUGGCGCCCGAGACGGAUCAGACGAGUUGUGUGAAUCCACGUUUGCGUCUGCGUGGUGUUGGAAACUUGCGUGUGGCUGAUGCUAGCAUCAUGCCAAAGAUUCCCAGUGCAAAUACAAAUGCGGCUACAAUUAUGAUUGCUGAGAAAGCAGUCGAUUUUAUACGAGAAGAUUGGCAAGGGGAAAGAUUAUAA